AUGCCGAAUAACAGCUUCGACCGCCAGAUCGACCCCACGAUCCACCCAGUCAGAUGCAAACAGAUGGUGGCUCGUGCUCACAUCAAGGCGGCCUUGGCCGACCUCAUGGCGAACGCGAACAUCAACGACGACGAGUUCAAGAUCAUGGAUGACCCCGUCGCCAAGUCCCACAGGGUGUGCUUUUCGGACGCAUCAGGCUACGCUGCAAGGAAGGUCGGGCAAUACCUCUCGGCGAUGCGGCUGCCUGGCGAUCCUGGUUGGAAAAGAAUCACCUGUCAAACACCCGAGAGGAUGCCGAGCUGUACGUCAGCGCGGACAACAACCCGAAGCAUAUCGCCACCGAGCUGGGUCUCAAGGAGAUCAGAAAAGCCUUCGGGCAGACGUUCGUGGGCAGGCUCUUCUUCGUCAGCCGCGACAGAGGCCAGCUGUCCUACAACUGGAAGGCGGUUCUCAAGUUCACCCCGAACCCGCGCGGGGAGCCCCUCGCAGAGCGCCACGACACACGGUGGAGCCCUUUAA